AUGGAGAAUGGAUUUGGGAAGAGCAGCACUGCAGCACCUUUGAGAAACAAGUACUUUUAUUCACUCUGUGAAGGCAGUACAGAAUUCUCUGACCAGUCAUUUGCACAGAAGUUGCUGGUGAUGACUGCACUGAAGUCAUUCCAUGUGGCGGGGAAACCGACGCCCCCGGCGGGGAAACCGACGCCCCCGGCGGGGAAACCGACGCCCCCGGCGGGGAAACCGACGCCCCCGGCGGGGAAACCGACGCCCCCGGCGGGGAAACCGACGCCCCCGGCGGGGAAACCGACGCCCCCGGCGGGGAAACCGACGCCCCCGGCGGGGAAACCGACGCCCCCGGCGGGGAAACCGACGCCCCCGGCGGGGAAACCGACGCCCCCGGCGGGGAAACCGACGCCCCCGGCGGGGAAACCGACGCCCCCGGCGGGGAAACCGACGCCCCCGGCGGGGAAACCGACGCCCCCGGCGGGGAAACCGACGCCCCCGGCGGGGAAACCGACGCCCCCGGCGGGGAAACCGACGCCCCCGCGUAAUACAGUUAUGAAGAGCUUCCCAGAGGGCACAGUCAGUCAUCAGAGCAUACUGAUGACAGCCAACCUCUCACUACUGACAUGGGAACUAUUGCAAGUUCAUACACCUACAGCCAACUACAAACAUACUUAA